UCUUCCAGGUAAGUCAUGAAACACAACAACGUUAUUCACAAUGGGCACUUCAAGAAGCAUUGGCAGAACUAUGUAAGGAAAUGGUUCAACCAACCUGCCAGGAAAACAGGGAGACGUAAUGCUAGGCAGCAGAAGGCUGUGAAGAUCUUCCCAAGGCCAACCGCUGGAGCUCUCCGGCCUAUUGUUCAUGGACAAACACAAAAAUACAUCAUGAAAAUCCGUGCUGGCAGGGGGGUUUCUCUUGAAGAACUGAAGGCAGCUGGUAUUCCCAAAAAGCUAGCACCAACCAUAGGCAUUUCUGUUGAUCAUCGCCGCAGGAACAGAUCCUUGGAAGGUCUCCAAACUAAUGUCCAGAGGCUCAAGACUUACAAGGCUAAGCUUGUUAUCUUCCCAAGGCGUGCUAAGAAAGUCAACGCUAGUGAUUCUAGUGCAGAAAAGCUUGCUACUGCCACCCAGGUCCAGGGUCCAUAUCUGCCUAUUACUGGGUAUCAGCCUACUGUUGAUGUUGUGAAGGUCACAGAUGAGAUGAAGUCAUUCAAUGCCUAUGGUAAGCUGCGCAUUGAGCGUACAAAUGCCCGCCGUGUUGGAAUCAGGCAGAAGAGGGCGGCUGAACCAGAAAAGGAAUUUUUAGUUGUUUCUGUAGUCUGUUAA